UGACCAUGACCUCAUCCCAGGUCCUUUAACCCUGUAUUCUGCAUCCUGUGUAGCCUUUGUUUUUCCCCAUCACUUCCAGCUAUGCUGUGUAUCUUCUCCAUGGUGAAAUGCGUUAGUGUGUCCAGUUAGAGGCUCGUAGCUGCGUCAUCUGUGCUCACAGCCGGUCUGCAGCCAGGCCAGCAAAUUGAUUGCAGGUGCGAUGAACAAGGACCUGGUGCAAGUGAAUGGAGAGCUCUUAACCUAUAGCCUGGAGAUUAUCUGUCUACUUACAGGAGAGGAUUAUACAAUUGUGAAGAAAAAUGGAGAUUCAGUUACCGGAGGUGACCCUCCUGCAUCAGAAAUGUCUUCUACCAGUGUGGUAAUACCAGAAAUAAACCUUGACCACCAGAUGAUGAAGAAUAUGUUACAUUUAGCCAACAAAAUAAUCCAAGUAGUUAAAGAAGAGUUCUGUGGAACUUCAGGAUUCUUAGAAGGUGGCCGUGAGGGCAAUAACCUUCAAGAGGAUAGCAGUCAGAUCUCAGAGCAUUUGACUAAUUUAGUAAAUCUGGUGAACAAGAUGACCAAAGACAAGAGUCAGGUGAUUGGAAAGAUCUCAAAUCAUACUCUGGAACUUAUCUACCUUCUGAUUGGAGAGGAGUAUAUUGUUGUAAAAAAGUAUAAUGAUACCUCAACUGAUAAAAGUUCAUCCACUGUGUCUGAAGAAGAUCCUAAGAUCUGCGAAAGAAGCAAAGCAAAGAAGGUCUUAGUACUCGCCAAUAAGAUAAUACAAAUUCUAGCUGAGCAGAUACCUAUAAAACAUGAAGAUAUUGAAGUAUAUUCUACCGUGAAGGAGUAUUUAAAAGGCUAUAGAGAGUUUAUUGAAGAUGUGAUAUUGGACAAUGAUCAAAGCCCACAGGCACCUGAUAAGUCGAACAUCAAAAACAGUCUUGAUGAACUUCACAUCGAAUCCACAGGUGUAGAUUGUAUUAAAGAAGAAAGCACAUCUAUCAGAUCUGACCUUAACGCUAAUUUCCCAACACAAGCUAAAAUAAGCAAGAGAAAGAGUAAGCCUGUGAGACUUUUAUAUACAGAAUUUAAUGCUCGGAAAGAGAAAAAUGUUCAUUUUCAUACAUGCAAAAAACAGGAGCCUUGUUAUGAACCAUCUCUUCUCAAUGACGAUAAGCAAAUAGGCUGUAGCAUGCAGAAAGAUAGUGACGUAAACUUAAGUUCAACUGACUUUGAUAACUCCUACAAAUGCAUCAAUGUUUUAUCAGACCUUUCAUCUCAUGAGAGUAAACAGACAAAAGAUGUAAUGAAAGCCAUUGUAAAAGAAGAGGACAUAAGAGGCUUCCCUGAAGAUGGUGAAAUUAGACAAUCGGAACUUUGCACAAGUCCUACACAAGGGAAGCCGUAUGUAUGUCUCCUUUGUGGGAAGAACUUUACAAAAAAGUCACAUCUUGUAACACAUCGUCGAGUUCACACUGGAGAGAAACCAUAUGCCUGUCAUGAUUGUGGAAAGCGCUUCACCAGCAACUCAACUCUUGUUGACCAUCAACGAAUUCACAGAGGAGAGAAGCCUUUUGUCUGCUCAGAUUGUGGAAAAAGUUUCACAAAGAACUCCAAUCUCAUUGACCAUCAGAGGACUCACACAGGAGAGAAACCUUUUGGCUGCACAACAUGUGGAAAAAGUUUUGCCCGAAGCUCAAACUUAGUGGAGCACCAGAAAAUACAUACAGGAGAGAAGUCAUUUGUGUGUUCUGAAUGCGGAAAAGGCUUCUCCAGGAGUUCAAGUCUCGCUGAACACCAGAAGAUUCAUACAGGAGGAGAGUCUUAUAUAUGCUCCGAAUGUGGGCAGUGUUUUACAAAGAACUCCAGUCUGGUUAGACACCAGAGCAUACACACGGGAGAGAAACCAUUUAUAUGUUUCGAGUGUGGAAAAAGCUUCUCGAACAGUUCAAAUCUUGUUAGACAUCAAAUAACGCACACUGGAGAGAAACCAUUUACGUGUCCCGUUUGUGGACGGAAUUUCAAUCAGAACUCCAAUCUUAUUUCUCAUCAGAAAACUCACAGAGUAAAGACAGAAAUAAAGUGAACUGGUGUAUGACCUACAUAGUAGUAAAACGGAACCUGAUAUGUUUUAUUUCCAUAAAACAAGUAUGUCUUUUAUUUCCAAUGUAAACAGAGCUUUACAUAAACUGUGUAAUAUCUUGAGAUAAGAUUGGAACCUCUUCACUUUUCCACGUUACGUUGAAGAAAUGAGAUGUUAAUUGCUCACAUUUGAGCAUGUUUCACAAGUAUUGAAAUCGGUCAAGUUUAGCUUUUAGCUUCUGUAUAAUCACGUUGCUAGUGAUCCUGUGCUUUGCUGUGUCUUUGCUUAUAAUGGUAAUGUGCCAAAUGGCUCCUAUUAUGUCUAUUUAUUCUGGCAGGGUGGCUUGAUGUAGGGAUAAUCUACCACCACUCUUUCAGGUGGUGAAUGAUGAAACGCUGCUGGCAUGCUACUAAAGUACCUGCUGAUUGUUUUGGCAUUUCAAUGCUAAGAUAAUAUUUGCUUUUGAUGGUUGGAUAUGUGUAAAAAUAGUUAGGUAAAUUCCAGUUUUAUAAUCUUAUGCAAAUUUUGCACUUUCAAAUCUACCUAAGGGCUCUUUCACACUUGCGUUGUCCGGAUCCGGCGUGUACUCCAUUUGCCGGAAUUACACGCCGGAUCCGGAAAAACGCAAGUGAACUGA